AUGUCACAGAAGACUUCAGUGUUCAUCCGCCGUGAUACGAAAAUCUUAACAAGACCCGGACCAGAUGAGGGAUUUGAAACCGAAAAUGUGGGAUACUGCCUAUGUCGUGGGAACAUGAGGAACCGACCGUUUGAGGAGGAAGGCGCCGACGGCCCUGCUCCUGCGUGCCCAAUUGUGAACGGCAACCACGAAGCGGGAAAGGCACCUGCUGUGCCUCCAUGUCUUUUUGGGCCGCUUCCUGGGCCUCCUUCUCCGGUUGCAUCAAAUCAUGACCAGGCGUCUGACGCCUUGAAUCCAUCUCAACAAAGACCGCCUGCGAAAGUUGAUUCCGCCGAAUUGGAGAAUGGCGACGAUGCAGAGCGCCCUUCCUCUACGUCGGACUCAACCCUCCAAGUUGGGUUCAACAGGUUCUUUUUGCACCCAGCAAGCGAAGGACCUCCCAUGAGGAUGAUUAGGUAUAUAUAUACGCUCGGAAAUACAGCCGAAGAUACGUGA